AACAUUCAUUCCUGGUGGUCAGCACUUUGAGAGAGAUGAACCAUUUUGUCGGUCACCGCCAUUUGGCCAUAGUCUCGUUGUGCCCAUGAGUGUGUGUCUCUGCUAAUUGUCAGGAGCAUGCGCGGACCAAUCCAGCUGGAGCCGCCGCGUUCGCGCUAAGCAUGGAUAUGCCCUCGUCCUUUCCAACAACGGGCAAUUCUACGAGCACUGUCACGGACUUAACGAAAGUCCAAUUGCAUCUCCCUGAUCUAAAUUCAUUUGAUCGCGAAAGGUCGCUUCCAGCAGCAAAAACAGUUGAAACCUGGAUUAUCAAUAAUAUUUCCAGGAGUCUGCGCCCUCUAUUUGCACAAUGUCAAUGUCGUCAGUGCCUUCCCAAACGCAGGACCAAGUUUCCAAGUCAAUGGAAAGGUGGUCCAAGCGGCCUCUUACUCGGGAUAAUCUUUAAGCUACCAAAGGUUUCGAGCUGCUUUUUCGAGGUCCCCUAUGAUACGUCUAUGACCUCCUUCCCAACGUGGCUGUAUCCAGCUGAGAUGUUCGGCCGCAGUGGAAACGAUAUCCGUCCUCCUUCAAGGGGGUCGCACUACUACUCACGCUUCGCCCACCGGUGUCCUGACCAGGCAAAGCCAAGCAAGAGUGCACUGUGCGAUUCCAUUUCGGCUACUGACCAUGCCGCUUCCAAAGACUUGUUCAUGUCUCCGUACAGGGCCUCUGUGGACCCGAUCUUCGGGAGACCCAGCUCUCUCUUGCGCGGCUGGAUUUUAGCUUCGUUUUUACCUCCCUACCUCUCUUCACUGUCGCAACUAUGGUCCACCGCAGAGGCAAUUACGACUGAUAUUCACGCUCUUGUUGGGAUAACGAUCUGGGGAUCCCCAGCAGUGGAAGCCUCGAGACUCUAAGACUGUGCUCGUCCGUCGUGUCAGGUGGAUUCGCCUUAACGCCGUUGUGGGCCAUGGCACAUGUGGGACCCUUUUCUUGGCCAAAUGCCAGGUAAAACUUGUCAAUCAUUCCUUAUUAAACCGAUAUCGCUGCAAUACGGUCCGAAUCAGAUCAGUUCUAGAUGGUUCCAUUUCUA